AUGAAGUUCAUCGUCUCUGUCCUUUUCUCUUUGGUGGUGUGCGCUUCGGCCCACUAUACCUUCCCCUCCUUGGUCGUCAAUGGCCAGACCACCCCUGCCUGGCAAUACGUCCGACGAACUGACAACUUCCAGUCGAACGGCCCAGUCACGGACGUGAACAGCCCCAACUUCCGCUGCUACAACCAGGGCACUGGCGCCACUGCCCAAACCUACACCGUCAAUGCCGGAGCCAGAAUCGGCUUUGCUACCAACGGCGCUGUCUCCCAUCCCAGUACCACCAACAUCUACAUGGCACGAGCACCCAAUGGUGUCGAUGUUGCCAACUGGGACGGAAGUGGCCAAGUCUGGUUCAAGGUUCAUGAGAUUACUGCCGUCACUGACGGUGGACGAUCCAUCCGAUUCCCCUCAGAAGGCAUGAGUACCAUCGAAUUCAACCUCCCGUCCUCGCUCCCAAGCGGCCAAUACCUCGUCCGAAUUGAGAAUGUCGCUCUCCACGGUGCAUCUGGUUUUGGUGGUGCGCAAUGGUACCUCUCCUGCGCACAAAUCAACGUUCAGGGUGGCGGAAACGGCACUCCCGGUCCAUUGGUCUCCAUCCCCGGCGUCUACAACGGUCGCGAACCCGGUGUCAUGCUCAACAUCUACUGGCCCAUCCCCACUUCCUACGUCCAACCCGGCCCUGCUGUCUGGCGAGGAUGA